AUGGAUUCCAGUGAAUUUCCUGGAUCUUUGGACCCACUUUCUCUGCCUGAUAAGCCACUGAUUGGUGAUCUCCCUGCUGACAUGGAGUUUGGGGAAGACCUUCUGGGCUCCCAGACAGCUUCUACACAGCAAGGGUCAGGUCUUCAACCCCCUGUGAUGGAAUGGGAUCAGACCAAGCAGGUCACUGCAGAUGGGGACUUAGACCUUUUGGUGAAAGCAGACAGUUUGGCUGACCUAAGCAAAUCAAACAAUCUUGAUCUAAAUAAACCCAGUGUCUUGGAUGUUCUGGAGAAACCUGGUGUCUUAGAUGACUUGGAUGAAGCCACUGACUUGAUGGUUCUAGAUAAACCAGGGGAUUUGGAAGGUCUGUACAAGGCACAUUCUUCCCAGGACAUGGCGGAUGGGCAUGGGGACUCCUCUGUGCUGGCUAGGGAAGACAUUGUGCCAGAAGCUUGGAAAGAAGGGGAAGAUAAACCAAAAUAUGACUCUGGGGACCUAAAAGAUGAUUGUGCUGCUGCCACUGCUGCGCUUUGUGAUGGCAAUACCCUGGAGUCCCCCCUGCAGCCCAUUCCUGUUGCAGGGGAGCUGAGCUGUGCGCCAUCCACAGAGGAAUUUACAACGCAGCUCUCAAGUUUGCCAGCGGUUUCGCCACAGCCCAGUCUUAAGCAGGCAAAGAAAACAAGGUUGAAGGCACCAAGGAAAAGCUCCCCUGUGCAAAAAGAGGAGCCAGCAGCAGAAGAGAGGCUACAAGAGAGCCCUGCCCUGCCCCCUGAGCACACUGACGAAGGCCAGGCUGAGGAGGGGGAGGAGGAUGGAGGUAAUGCCCUCAGACAAGAGAGCAGCAUGCCGAAAGCACAGGAGACCACACUGUCAUCAUCCCCAGGAGAAGACCUGGCCGGGAAGGGAAGCGAACAGCCAACUGAGAAGGAGCAGAAGAGAAGCGAACGAGCCAGGAGAUCAGAGGCAGCCAGGCCUGAAACUGUGAAUUCCUCCGAGAGCAUCCCGGUCUCUGACGAGGACUCGGAUGCUAUGGUGGAUGAUCCCAAUGAUGAGGACUUUGUUCCCUUCCGUACCCGGCGCUCGACCCGCAUGUCCUUACGCACACAGAUGGCUCAGCGGGCUGCCCGCUCCACCGUCACCAAGAUGACUUGUGCCAACUGCCGGACCCCACUGCAGAAGGGCCAGACCGCCUACCAGCGCAAAGGGCUCCCUCAGCUCUUCUGCUCCAGUUCCUGUCUCACCACCUUCUCCAAGAAACCACCCGGCAAGAAGAUCUGCACCUUCUGUAAAAAAGAGAUCUGGAACACCAAGGAUUCUGUUGUGGCCCAGAUCGGCUCAGGUGCCUCUUUCCAUGAGUUCUGCACCUCUGUGUGCCUCUCCCUCUACGAAGCGCAGCAGCAGAGACCAGCCCCUCAGCCUGCAGAGGCCUCGGACACCAGCCGCUGCAGUGUCUGUCACAAGCCUGGGGAGAUCCAGCACGAGGUCAGCAAUGGGAAUGUGGUGCACCGGCUCUGCAGUGACGCCUGCUUCACCAAAUUCCGAGCCACCAAGGGGCUGAAAACCAACUGCUGUGAUAACUGCGGCCUCUACAUCUACAACAAGGGAUUGCCACUGGAGUACCUCUUCCACGAGGGCCAGCAGAAACGCUUCUGCAAUUCCACCUGCCUCAAUAGCUACAAGAAGAAGAAUACCCGCGUGUACCCCUGCAUGUGGUGCAAAACGCUGUGUAAGAACUUCGACAUGCUGCCCAACGUGGAUCGGAGCGGCAAGAUGGGCCUGUUCUGCUCCAUCUGCUGUACCACCUCUCACAAAGUGAAGCAGUCGGGUCUGACUGGUCCCGCUAGGCCCUGCAGCUUCUGCAGAAAGAGCCUGUCUGAGCCCUGCUAUUACAACAAGACUGACCGGGUUGUGUACCAGUUCUGCAGCCCCAGCUGCUGGACCAAAUUCCAGCGUACCAGCCCCGAGGGGGGGAUCCACCUGAACUGUCAUUACUGUCACAAUCUCUUCAGCGGGAAGCCAGAGAUUCUGGACUGGCAGGACAAAGUGUACCAGUUCUGCUGCAAGGACUGCUGUGAGGACUUCAAGCGGCUGCGUGGGGUGGUGUCCCAGUGUGAGCACUGCAAGCAAGAGAAGCUGCUGCAUGAGAAGAUCCGCUUCUCUGGGGUGGAGAAGAACUUCUGCAGCGAAGGGUGUGUGCUUCUUUACAAACAGGAUUUUACCAAGAACCUGGGUCUGUGCUGCAUCACCUGCACCUACUGUUCCCAGACCUGCCAACGGGCGGUCACCGAGCAGCUGGAGGGCAGCACCUGGGACUUCUGUAGUGAAGACUGCAAGAGCAAAUACUUGCUAUGGUACUUCAAGGCAGCUCGGUGCCAUGCCUGCAAGCGUCAGGGGAAGCUGCUGGAAACCAUCCACUGGCGGGGGCAAAUCAAACACUUCUGCAAUCAGCAGUGUCUGCUGAGGUUUUACAAUCAACAGAACCAGCCCAACCUGGACACGCAGAAGGGGCCCGAGAGCCUGCUGAACAGUCAGACUCCCGAGCCCAAACCUCCUGGCUCUUCCCCACAGAAAGCAGAGACUAAUAUGGUGUCUGCAAAGGCCUCCUCAGCCCAGAUGUCCCCAGCCCCCCCACCGCCACCAGUUCCAGCCACGCCUCGGAAGAACAAGGCUGCUAUGUGCAAACCAUUGAUGCAGAACCGGGGUGUGUCCUGCAAGAUAGAAGUGAAGUCCAAGGGAUGUCAGACAGAGGCAGACUGGAAGCCACAGGUGAUUGUGUUGCCGAUCCCCGUCCCGAUCUUCGUGCCUGUGCCUAUGCAUAUGUACUGCCAGAAAGUACCCGUGCCUUUCUCCAUGCCUGUCCCGGUGCCUGUGCCAAUGUUCCUGCCCACCACGCUGGAGAGCACGGAUAAGAUAGUGGAGACCAUCGAGGAGCUGAAGGUGAAGAUCCCUUCCAACCCCCUGGAGGCUGACAUCCUGGCCAUGGCCGAGAUGAUCGCAGAGGCUGAGGAGCUGGACAAGGCAUCCUCAGACCUGUGCGACCUGGUGAGUAACCAGAGCGCGGAGGGUCUCCUGGAGGACUGCGACCUGUUUGGGCCAGCAAGAGAUGAUGUGUUAGCCAUGGCUGUCAAGAUGGCAAAUGUCUUGGAUGAGCCUGGCCAGGACCUGGAGGCCGACUUCCCCAAAAAUCCUCUGGACAUUAACCCCAGUGUGGAUUUCCUUUUUGACUGUGGCCUGGUCGGGCCAGAUGAUGUAUCCACAGAUCCAGACCUCCCUCGCACCAUCCGGAAGGGUCAGAAGCGUCUGGUGCUCUCCGAAAGCUGCUCCCGGGACUCCAUGAGCAGCCAGCCGAGCUGCACAGGACUGAAUUAUUCAUAUGGAGUGAAUGCCUGGAAAUGCUGGGUGCAGACAAAGUACGCCGGCGGGGAGUCCAGCAAGGGAGAGGAGCUGCGCUUUGGGCCUAAGCCCAUGCGUAUCAAAGAGGAUAUCCUGGCCUGCACAGCUGCUGAGCUCAACUAUGGUCUUGCCCAGUUCGUCAAGGAGAUAACACGGCCCAACGGCGAGCGCUAUGAGCCAGACAGCAUCUAUUACCUCUGCCUCGGCAUCCAGCAGUACCUGCUGGAGAACAACCGGAUGGUGAAUAUCUUCACAGACCUUUACUACCUGACCUUCGUGCAGGAGCUGAACAAGUCCCUGAGUGGCUGGCAGCCCACACUCUUACCAAACAACACGAUCUUCUCCCGUGUGGAGGAGGAGCAUCUCUGGGAGUGUAAGCAGCUGGGGGUGUACUCCCCCUUUGUCCUCCUCAACACCCUCAUGUUCUUCAACACCAAGUUCUUCGGCCUGCAGACUGCGGAGGAGCACAUGCAGCUGUCCUUCACCAACGUGGUACGCCAGUCCCGCAAGUGCACUACAGCCCGGGGCACCACCAAGGUGGUGAGCAUCCGCUACUACGCCCCCGUCCGGCAGAAAAAAGGGCGAGACAGCAGUUCUGGGAAGCGGAAGCGAGAGGAGGAGCUGCCGAUCCUGGAGCAGCGGGAGAACAGGAUGAACCCACUCCGGUGCCCGGUCAAGUUCUAUGAAUUCUAUCUCUCCAAAUGUCCAGAGAGCCUGCGGAACCGGAACGACGUCUUCUACCUGCAGCCAGAGCGGUCGUGUAUUGCAGAGUCACCUCUCUGGUACUCGGUCAUCCCCAUGGACAGGAGCAUGCUGGAGAGUAUGCUGAAUCGCAUCCUGGCCGUCCGGGAGAUCUACGAGGAGCACAGCCGGGGCAGCGGCUUGGAGGAGGACAUGGACUGAGCGCAGGCCAGGGCUGGAGCAUGGGCAGGCGGCACCCAGAGCCCGCUGGGCUGGGUCUGCUCUGGCCUGGAAAGGUGUCUCCCCUGCUCCUCGUAUCUGGCCAGGGUUGUGGCAUGUGAGUGUGGCAUGGCAUGGCAUGGGGGUGUAGUGCUGCUCCCAGCCCUGCAGAUGUGGUAGCGCUGUCCAGCUCAGCGCAUGUAGGACUCUGAACAUCCCUGCCUGAUGCUAGUAACAUGCCGUCCCCCUCCCCCACCAGCCCCUGGCACCCAGGCCCUACCUGUGCUCUGCCUGACUGGGGCAGUGUCCCACUUCCCCCGCCUGUCUUCCCGGGGUGGAGAUACAGAGCCAGUCCCUCUCCCAGCCAGGAACCCCAAAGGGCACUGGCCCGGUGAGCCCUGCCUGUCCCUUCUCCCCAGGGCCGUUCAGUCUCCCCCUGCCUGGUGUAACAUGGGGAAGAGACUGGUCAGUGCAGUGGGGACAGGCUGGGCCUAGCAGACCGCACAGGAGGCCCUGAGCCUACAGUCAGCUCCCUGCCCAAGCAGCAGGAGUGGGGAAGUGAGCCAUGCUCAGCACACAGGGCCCUGGGAGGAGCCGUGCCAGCCGGGGUAGCAGGGCCAUUCCUAGACGCUGACUCUGUGGGCUGGACCAUUCCCAGCUCUGCUGGAGGGAGCUGUUCCCAGAGGGGCCUGGCUGUGCUGUCUCUGGUUCCUCAUCUCAUUCUCCUCUUCAGCAGCGCAGAGCUCACUGCCCAGGGGGCUCCUGGGAUCUCCCUUCCCCAGCUCUGCAUUAGCUGUGGCUUCACCCUGCAUUGUGCACUCACAACAGCCACUGGGGGCCGUUGAAGGUCUGAAUUCUGCAUCGGGCAUGGGAGCCAAGGGGCAUCCUCGCUGCCAGAGCUGACGAGCAGGGGCCCCUCCCUUCCUCCCUGCCCCCCAAGCUCUAGCAGAAUGGACGGUGCCCCCGUUGCUAGCCUGACACUAUCAGAUGGAGGAGGUAGCCUCUGUGCCUGGACUCAUUGCUGCUGGGCCCGUCUCCUCCAAGCCUGCAUUAGACUGAGAAUCCUGCUGGGCCGCGCCAGGCCAGAACUUGCAAGCAGUGGAGGGGGGCCGCAGGCCGACAGAGGAGUGGAGCCUGCCUGGGUCUCUCGCUUGCCCAGCCCCUGCCCCAGCUUUGCUGUUCCCUUCUGGCUCCCUCCCCUUGGUGUUUUGUUUUGAUUUUUUUAUCAGCUGUCAAUGGGACUCGGCACUGUCUGUUGAGUCUGUAUAUAUUGUUCUGGGACCUGGCCCGGGGCCCUCUGUCUCCAUGUCAAGAGUGAGCCAGUCACCGGUCUUGUUGUAGUGCUAACGGGGCAUUAGGCUAACCUUGUGUCUCUAGAAACCAUUCAUUUCAAAUAAAGAUGCAAAAACCUGCCGGCA